AUGAUGACUGCCGAACCACCAACCGAUGCACGUCUUAUUCCGACGGCAAUGUCGAAUUCUGUGAAUACAGCAAUCGGUGGAACACCAAACUCUGGACUCUCUGAUACAUCGGCCGGAUCUGGACGUGUCAGCUCGGCUACUUCUACACCAAAAACGGCUCAAGCGCCAACCUCUCCGGAGAUUCUCAUGAAUGAUUUGAGAAAAGGAAGUCUUUUCGGAAGACAAAAAAUUGCUCAGGAGCAGCAGGUUAUCGUCCAUCCUCAGAGUGUUACAAACAUCACUUUUACUGGUACAUCCCAAUUCAGCAGCUUUGACGGCAAAGCCUCCGACCAGUUGUCGUUGAAAUCUGGAACAUCGGAAACGACGAAAACUGGAAUUCCCUUGUCUGGAAAGAGUCGACUUUCUGGUCCCGAGAAAUCCAGAAAACGUUCGCCAGCCGCUCGAAUCAGUGAGAUGAAGCUCGCGGAGGCAAAACAGAAGCAACAAAAAACUGAGGAUCCUGUUCUAGAAGUUUCCAAGAGCUGCAAGAAAUCCAAGAAAUCCAAGAAAUCGAGAAAGUCAGCAAAGAAGACGAAAUGGGAUGAUUCUGGGAAAUCUGCAAAAUCCGGAAAAACUGCAAAGUCCAAAAAAGGUUCUUUGAUGGACGAAGCUUCUGGAAAAUCUUCGAAAUCUGCGAUGUCCAAGAAAGCAGCUCCUCUGAUGGACGACGCUUCUGGAAAAUCUGCAAAAUCCACUAAAUCCGGAAAGUCCAAAAAAGCUGAUCCUCUGAUGGAUUCGGAUUUCUCCAAGAAAUCUGCAAAAUCGAAUAAAUCUCAAAAAGUUGAAAAGUCUGCUCCACAAUUUGGAAAGUCUGGAGUCGUCAAAAAAGGCGACAAUAGUGUCUACUUGCCAGGUGUCAUGAAUGGUCCUCCCAUGGCCGCCAACAAGUUUAUGAAACGUGAGGCACCUCCAGCACCUACUCGAAAAUUCAAUGAAUCUCCCGCCUACAACUUCCCGGGAUCUGGACAAUGCACAAGAAAAAUGGAUGAGGUGGCUCCGCCCACCCCCAAAAAAGCCAACGACCAAAGUCAUUGUGUCUAUGAUGUGGCUCAGCUGCCACCGGCUCAGAGACGUUUCCCGACCACAAAGUCGGCUUCGAGAUGUUCUGGCAUCAGAAAACAGCCACAUUCUUUGUUCGGAGCAGCGAAGCGUCCGACACCAGCUGUUCCAACUGCUCCAAAACCGCAAGCAGUAACUCGGAUCAAGGCACCAACUGAGAAUAAGAUUGUUGUCUUUGGAAAAACUCCAGAUGGAAAGACCACGAUUCAAAUGACAAUUGACAUGAAGGUGAUUUCGGAGGCAGUGAAUGGAUCUGAUCAACCGAUGACUCUUAUUCCGAAGAAAGUGAUUGUUGGAGGAAAAGAAGUUGAAAUUGAUGCGGAUUCGAAAAGUGAAAAAUCGCUUUGA